UCUCGACUUAAGUCUUUAUCUCUAUUCACUCCUCCUUACUCUCACCUUUGCCCUUCAACCCUUCAGAAAACCAUUUCAGCACUUCUCAUCAAUGGCAUCCAGCUCAAUGAGUACUUCCUGUAACUCGGGCUCGUCUUGGACUGCCAAGCAGAACAAGGCCUUCGAGAUAGCUCUAGCCCUUUACGACAAGGACACCGCCGACCGCUGGUACAAUGUUGCCAGGGCCGUUGGGAAUAAGACUCCCGAGGAAGUUAAGAGGCACUAUGACCUUCUUGUGGAAGAUGUGAAGCUUAUCGAGUCCGGCCAAAUUCCUUUCCCGGAUUACAUGACUUGUGGUGGGAGUGGGAGUGGCAACAUCGGUCAUGAUGAGGAAAAGAGGAUGAGGAACCUGAAGCUCCACUGAAGCAGCACAACAAGAAGUCUCCAUGCAUGUACCCACUAAUUAAUACAUAAAGAUUCAUCGUUAGCUCGAUCUUCUGAUCCGUUAAUUCGAUGACAACGCUGUGGUGUAGUACUAAGUAAGUUCUAGUCGUUGAUCGAAGAUAUCACAAACCCGUGAUUCUUCUAUGUACGUUGUUAGAAUUCCCAUGCCAGUUUCUUAAUUUGUUGCUAUAAAUAAUCAAUCCUAUGUAUGUAAUCUACGUACUCUAAUUUCUGAGUGUAAGAUUCAGCUUCUAGCUGCUAAUGGAAUCUUAUAUA